CGGCCAGCUGACGGUUACUUAUCUUGAAAACGUGAAUGGCUCCAUGUGAUCUAUGACAAUGGACGGAUCGGCAAUCCAGUAUACAACGUUGAUUUAUAGAGUUGCCUCAAAACAGAAGCGCUGGAUCAUAGCUCUUGCAUUGGUAGUAUUUGUAUUAGUAUUUAUUCUUGAACAGUCUCAUCUUACGUUUACAUAUUUCAAGGCCAGAGACAUAAACGCUGUCUUUCAAAUUACUGAGGCCCCAGAGGAACCGUUGUUUGAUACUAUCGGAGACGUAAGGACAACAAAGUCGACGAUUCCACGCGAAAAGAUCCAGGACAUGGCUGAAAAUAUUACUAACAUUGACGCAGUGUGCCGACUGCCGGUUCUCGAUCCAAAUCACUCGAGUGUUAGGGAUUUGAUAGUAGACUUUGGUAAAUUAGAUUGUGGGACGAGGUUUUCAACGUUUGAGAAUAAUGUACUUCAUGUUGAGGCAUAUGAUGUUGUAUCUGUGAGUUACCGAAUUAUAAAUCGACCAGAAGGAAACGAUUUUGGCGUUAAAUUAUCAGAGCCUGUUUUAAUAGCAAACGACUUGGAUGUAACGCAAGUCGACCAACCUCCAGCACCAGGACAAGUUGGUUGCUUUAUGCAUACUGCAAGUAAAAAAUGUCUGCACCCACGUGGUGGAAACACCAGGCCUCGAGAUGGUACUGCCCUCGUGUUUCAUUCUGAUUGUUGCUUGAAACGUAUUGAGUUUAAAAUGGCUGAAGACGCAAGCAUUAUUCAUGGACAAAGUGGACUUUGUUUGUACGUGAAUUUGGACGAUAAUACUGUAUCUCUUCGGCGUGACUGCUCCACAACAUUCACAGUCGUUAAUGGUAGCCUUCUAGUGACUGGGAGCGAGCUGUGCAUAGAAAGCCGCGAUAGAUUUCCUAGAAAUGAUGAACGUGCAAUAGCAGGCAGCUCUUGUUCACAUGCAUUCAAGGUGGUUACUACAAAAGGAAGAAGAUUCAAUGGAAGUGCAUAUGUUAACGCUGAUUUUGUUCGAGUCGACAUCAGGCAAAGCGGUAGAAAACCUGACGUUACAGAAUUCCGCAUGCAAGCAGCUCCAAAACCAGAAGUUUUCAACAGAACAGGAAAACAUACAGGAAUCCCCGUCAACAUUUGUCUGAUAAUGUUUGACUCAACUUCAGCUGCAAAUUUUAUUCGUCAAAUGACGAAAACAAAUGAAUAUCUGAAGACAAGGCCAACGGUCUACAUGAAAGGACAAACUAUCGUUGGAGAUGGUACUACAGCCCAGCUGUGCGCAAUGCUUACUGGAAUAGCUGAACAAAACCAACCUGAAGCAAGACGUUCCAAACCUAAUUCUAAAUUUGUUGAUGACUGGAGAUGGGUGUUCCAAGACUAUCGUAAUCACGGCUAUGUGACCAUGUAUAGCGAGGACUCUCCUAGUCUUGCCUCUUUUAACUAUCGGUUAAAGGGUUUUAAAAACCCUCCAACUGAUCAUUACGGCAGGUAUUUCUGGAUAGAAAGUGAACGCCAUCAAAAGGUUUCGCACUGCGUUGGAAAUGACGCGAUACAUCGUCUUGCGUUUAAUUAUAUUUUGAGUUUGUUUCGUACCUACGAAGAACAUCGGAAAUUUACCUUCAUAAAUUUUUCCGACCUUACUCACAGUAACAUGAAUUCAGUCAAAUAUGCAGAUGAAGACCUUGUUGAGCUAUUACAGACCAUGGAAAAAGAGAAUUUUCUAGAUGAUACAAUUAUUUUCAUUUUUGGAGAUCAUGGAAUGCGGUUUGGAAAGAUGAGACAAACUCUUCAAGGGAAACUCGAAGAACGCCUUCCUCACAUGUCCAUUACUUUCCCAACAUGGUUUCCAAAGAAACAUCCAAAACUAUACGAAGCCGUCCAGCACAAUAGUCAUCUUUUAACAACACCAUUCGAUAUUUAUGCUACAUUACAACAUGUUCUUUCUUAUCCAUUUGCUCCUAAAGGUAUCCAUGUUGGACAGAGUUUGUUUUAUCCUAUUGACGCGAAGAAACGCACAUGUGAAAGUACAGGAGUUGAAGAUCAUUGGUGUCCGUGUUUGAAUUUUGAAAGUGUUCCCAUGAAGGAACCCAUUGUCAGACAACUUGCAAAUUUCUGUGUUGAACUUAUAAACAGACAACUUGAAAAUGAAGGAAGCCAAGUGCAGUCACUUUGUCAUAAACUAACGUUAGUAGAAAUCAAAAGUAUUUCACGAGAAAUGCCAAAUGAAAAAUUGCGAAAGUUUAAAACUUCGCAUUCGAAUAGAAAAUGCGAUUCUUGUGGAGCGAUUUUCGGUAAGAAAGUUAAAAACACUCUUAAGCACGACACGUUGUACCAGAUUCAAAUUAUAACGUCACCUAACAAUGGCUUUUAUGAGGCAAGUUUACGAGUUUAUGAUGGAAAGCCCAAACUACAAGGAUCGAUAAGCCGCAUUGACGAGUACGGAAAACAACCAGCAUGCAUUGCUGAUACUCAUGUACAUUUACGAAAAUAUUGCUAUUGCAAAGUACAAAAUUAAUAUCACUGCUCUCGGCCAAUCAAAAUCUAGUGAAUUGCACAUUUUUAUAUUACAAUUUAAAGGCAUUAUUUUUGUAUUUUAUAUCGAGUCAAUUUGCACAAGUAUAAUAUAUAUUUUGGUUAAUCCAGAAAAAAGUACCUAAAAAGUGGUGAUGGUAACGUGGUAAGUCCCCCCUUCUUUUGGUAUAAUUAUCUAGGAU